UGAGCCAGGUGACACAGGUAAACACCAGCGCUUGGACCGGGUGAAGUAGUGAAGGUUUGUUAAUUUGCUCCUUAUGUUUGAGCCAGGUAACACAGGUAAACACAUGCCAGCGCUGGGAUGAAGCAUGCCUUGUUGAUCGGAGUUCGCAACGGGGAGUUGAGGCGAGAGCUUAUCACCAUGGACGCCUCCCGCACGCUUCAAGAGACAGUGACGAAAUGUCGGUCGUACGAGGCCACCGAUGUGACGUACUCUGAAAUAGAGACACCGUCCACUGCCGUGAGAGGCGUCUCACAGUACAAGAAGGGUAAGAAGGCGGCCCACGCGGAGAAAGCUGGUGCCAAAACAUCCACGCCCCCCUCCAGCACAGCCUGCAUCAGCUGUGGCACGCAGCACGGCUCCAAGCCGUGCCCAGCCGCCGCGGCACCUUUUCACGGUUGUGGCCGCGAGGGGCACAGGAUGUACACCGUUAGGUGUUCCGCCAAAGGGGUUCAAUGCGGCGUGUGCCUUCGCGUGGGGCACUACGACCGAUUCUGCAGCCUCAACAAGCCCAAAAAACCCAAACCGAGGAAGGGUCCUUCCCUUGGCGUGGUUCGGACGCCGCCACCCGACACGGCCCCGCGCCACUCCGAGGAGCGUGCGGGCCACGUCUGGCGAGUGGACUCCAACACGCGCCCCAGGGCCCAACCUUCCCCCACCAUCCGCGUCGCUGUCACCCAGGGCGACACGUCUGGCCGGAUUGACGUGAUAUCCGACACCGGCGCUGAUGUUACGGUGAUAGGCCUUCAGCACCUCAAGAGCUUAGGCCUCCACCAACGCGACUUGCAACCGCCCCCCUCCAUCAACUAUUACAACGCGGACGACUCACAGAUGCAAGCCGCGGUGGGCUCCUUCCAAGUAGAGCUCACGUACGGCGAUAGGUCGUGUGAAGGCUGGAUCGACGUGCAGUCCUCUCUUACCACGCCUCUGCUCUCGUGGGAGCACUGCAAGGCGCUGGGUGUGGUUCCCGCCGACUUCCCAAGGCCCCGCCGCGGCCGCCGCCCGGGUAAGGAAGGCGCGGGGCAGCAGCGCACCGCGCGCCGCCCACGCAGCGGCCUCCUCACCUCACCCGAGCCAGCACACACAGCCACCACCCGCCCUCCAUAUCCACACGUCCCCGUCGGAAGCUAAGGAGUAUUGCCUGAAGGAGUACUCGGACG